GUUGAAUUAGUUGUCAUUCAGAUUGGGUCGCCGCUAUUGGCGGUUCCCUUUGCCCUGGUCGAUGAGGUUUGACGGUGAUGCUUAGAGACAGAUGUCGGUAGUCCAGCAUUGAGCUGGUAAAGUGGUGGCUUUACCUGUGUUGGUAUUUGACCUUGGGAGUUAAAGCGAGGAGGCAGUUCAGGCGCUACUGGACUGAUGAGUGAUGGCUGGACUUAUCAAUUUCCAGAAUGAAGCAGAAGUGAGAGAGUUUCUGGAUAAUUUAGGCAUCGAGUAUACUUAUCAGUGUUACAGAGAGAAAGAUCCGGAAGGGUGUCAAAGGCUUGCUGAUUACUUGGAAGGGAUUAAAAAAAAUUAUGAAGCAGCUGCUCAGGUAUUGAAACACAACUGUGAGGAAAACCAGCACGGAGAAAGUUGCUAUAAACUUGGCUCUUAUUAUAUAGUUGGAAAAGGUGGAUUACAACAAAAUCUGAAGACUGCCUACGAAUGCUUUGUUAAAUCAUGUGAAAAAGAUGGUAAGAAGUCAGUUGAUGCUUGCCAUAACGCUGCAUUGUUAGCUCAUGAUGGACAAGUAUUCGAUACGAAACCAGACUCUGUGAAAGCCAGAGAUUACUACACCAAAGCUUGCAAUGGAAAUUUUGCACCCAGCUGUUUCAACCUAAGUACCAUCUACAUCCAGGGAGCAUCAGGAGUGACCAAGGAUAUGGGCAAGGCCCUAAAAUAUUCUCUGAAAGCAUGUGAUCUAGGGCAUAUCUGGGCAUGUGCAAAUACAAGUCGAAUGUACAAAUUAGGAGAGGGUACACCUAAAAAUAAUGAAAAAGCUGAACUUUUCAAAAACAGAGCAAAGGAAUUGCAUAAGGAGCAAAAGGAAUUUUCACAGCAAUUAAAGUUUGGACAGUAAAAUCAA